GUAUACUCAGUUCAGGCAUAUUGACUUAAAUUUCAGACCAUUGUUAGGACAGUAAUAGUUGCUCAAGCUUCCAAAUCCCCCCAUUUUCUUCAUUUGUAUCAAUGUCAAUGUACACUCAAGCAAUCAAUCUUAACACUUUCACUUAUCAAUCUCGAAUCCCAAUACAAAUUCCAACUCUCAAUGUCAGCUCCUCCUCAACUCGUCUCCCUACUUCGCGGGUUACAUUAUCUUCUCAAAUCUGCACUUUUCGCAAGCUAAUAAUCACUUCUUGCUCAAUUCCCAGCCAAGAAAUUACUGAUGUAGAAAGCUCAGAUUCAGUUUUAUCUAUCAAAGAAGUAGGAAAUGAACAAGUGGAAAAAAUUCAAGUGGUGAAGUCUAGUGGACGAGAAUUUUCUGCGAAUGAAAGUAUUUGGACUCAAAUGGUGGAAAUUGCUAAGUUUUCAGGGCCAGCAGUUGGGCUCUGGUUAUGUGGGCCAUUAAUGAGUCUUAUUGAUACUGCUGUUGUUGGUCAAGGAAGUUCCAUUGAACUCGCUGCUCUAGGUCCCGGAACCGUUUUCUGUGAUAACAUAAGCUAUAUUUUUAUGUUCCUUACAAUUGCCACUUCAAAUUUAGUUGCUACUUCACUUGCACAGCAGGACAAAGAGAAAGUGCAGCAUCAGAUAUCUAUCUUGCUUUUUAUUGGGCUUGUCUGUGGUGUUGUGAUGUUUAUUUUUACGAGGUUGUUUGGUAUUCAGGCAAUCACUUCUUUCACUGGGGCCAAUAAUGUCGAUAUCAUAAACUCAGCCAACACUUAUGUCCAGAUUCGAGGCUUGGCGUGGCCAGCACUGCUGGUUGGUUGGGUUGCCCAAAGUGCAAGUUUAGGCAUGAAAGAUUCAUGGGGACCUUUAAAGGCUUUGGCCGUUGCUACUGUUAUUAAUGGUACUGGCGACAUAGUCUUGUGCCGAUUCUUCAGUUAUGGUAUUGCUGGAGCAGCAUGGGCAACAAUGGUAUCCCAAGUCGUUGCAGCUUAUAUGAUGAUCAAAGCACUGAGCGAUAAAGGCUAUAAGGGCUUUGCUAUCUCUGUUCCAUCAUCAGAUGAACUUCUGCAAAUAUUCUUGAUUGCCGGCCCCGUGUUUCUAACAAUGAUGUCAAAGGUUGCAUUCUACUCUCUACUUGUCUAUUUUGCUACCUCAAUGGGCACACAGACAAUUGCUGCGCAUCAGGUCAUGAUACAACUGUUCAUGAUCUGUGCAGUAUGGGGUGAGCCUCUCUCUCAAACAGCACAAUCGUUUAUGCCCGAAUUGCUAUAUGGAGUCAACCGAAAUUUGUCAAAGGCUCGAAUGCUGCUGAAGUCCCUAGUGAUCGUUGGAGCAUCAUUCGGACUGAUACUGGCAUCUGUUGCAGCAUCAGUUCCAUGGUUAUUCCCCAAAAUCUUUUCACCUGAUCCUGAGGUCAUACGUGAGAUGCAUAAAAUAUUGCUGCCAUACUUUCUAGCCCUAUGUGUAACACCCAGCAUUCUUAGUCUAGAGGGAACUCUGUUGGCUGGACGAGACUUGAAAUUCAUAAGCUUAUCAAUGAGCUCCAUAUUUGUUUUGGCUUCUCUUCUCCUAAUGCUGCUGAGCAGUAAAGGACUUGGUUUGUCUGGAUGCUGGUUUGCGCUUGUUGUAUUCCAAUGGUCUCGAUUUUUGAUUGCUCUACGACGGCUUACCUUGUCGGAUGGCAUACUCUAUUCAGAAGAGUCAACUCAUUAUGAGCUACACAAAUUGAAAGCUGUAUAGGUUUCUGAUUUUCUUACAAAAAAAAAAUUGUUACUACAACAGAAAAAGUGGAGAUGGGAUCCAAGUCUUCCCAUAGGUAAUGUAUCUACCAUUUGUUUCAACCAAACCAGGAAUUUGCUAUCCACUAAGUGGCAAUAUCAGCAAACUUCUUUCCCUUU